AUGGAUGUGACAUAACUGCGUGUCAUCAUCAUCGCCAAUUUCACGAACACGAAUUUCUUGAACCUUGCACAAGUUGAUAAAAGCACAACACAGAAUUGUUGAGAAAGGACCAAGGCGAAAGGACAUUUCAAAUUGGAUGUGAGAAAGGCGUAAUUGUUGCGGGGUGGCCGAGUAUCAUCGCGAAAGGGCGCUUGAAAGUGACUACGUGAGGGCCUGCUGUCGCAGGACUUAAGACCGACCACAGUUGGCAGCGACGAUCAUGUCCCAGGAGGAGAAACAGCCACUGCUGGCCGGCGGGGCCGGAGGGGGGCCGCCCUCAGGCCCUGAGGGCAGUGGCACCUCAGAGUACUGCAGCCUCGAUGACUCGCAGCAGGGAGAUGAGGUGCAGACCGGGCCCCGUCCGGUGGACCACGCGCCUGCCGUGCGCGCUGCGGACGGCACUCUGACGGUGGCCUGUCGGAUCUGCAAGGCCACGCUCGACCUGAGCGGCCGCAUGGAGCAACACGUGGUCAAGUGCCACGAGUGCCACGAGGCCACGCCGGUAAGGACUGCGCCGCCGGGCAAAAAGUACGUGCGCUGUCCGUGCAACUGCCUGCUGAUUUGCCGCGCCUCGAGUCUGCGCAUCGCCUGUCCUCGGCCCAACUGCAAGCGCGUCAUCAACCUGCCGGCACCCAACACUGCCCAGAGCAGCGCGCCCAUGGUGCCUGGCAUGUGUCGCAUCAUCUGUGCCUACUGCCGCGACACCUUCCUGUUUAACGCGCUGAGCGGGAAGCUGGCCCGCUGUCCGCGCUGUCGCAAGGUCUCCUCGGUCGGCACCUACGGUCGGCGGCGCGGCGGAGCUUUCCUCGUGGCCGGGCUCAUCCUGCUCGCCAUCGCGCUCGGCGUCACCUUCGGCACGUUCGAGUUCGCCAAGAGCUCGCCCGGCGUCUACGUGGUCUAUGUUGGCGCAUUUUUGGCGGCCGUGGUGCUGGUUCUGCGCGCCAUCUACUAUUUCACACUGCGUACCAGCGAGAUCGACCACCAGGCGUGAGCGCCAUCUCUGCGCAACACCUGCAACUACAGCUUCAAAUGGCGGCCGCCCCCGAGCGGCGGCGCGCCAGCGCGAGACGUGUAUAUUCCAAUGAGCGGCUGGCUGACUGAGGGCAUGUAUAGGCGUGUGCUGGCUGUGGCGCCCUCAGAGCCGCUCUGUAUGUCGCGGCGCGUGGUGUAUAGGUAACGCUCGUGCCGGCGACGUGCGCUGUACCGCGGCGGCACCGGCCCGCGGCCAGGGAGGCUGCUUACACCGGGGCGGCGAAGCCCGGUCUAUCAUACACAAUCGAUUAUCGGACCGUAUUGUACAUGUAGGCGCACGUGUGACGGCCAGCCCGUGUGAGAGUGGAUGGGCGCGGAGUGGCCGGCGCCGCUGUAGGCUCGUCUGAGGCUGCGGGAUGGGUCUCUGGCCGCUCUGCUGUGAGCGUUCUACGCUCUGCUCCGCGCCCCACUGAUCUGAGAGCUGUAUAUAGCCGAGACGGGCCCUCUCUGCCGACCAUAGACGACACUCUGCUGCUUUUGCUGCCUCGGGAAACAGCGCUACGAGUCGCUCCCGUCGGUACCGCUCAGUCAUGAACUCACUAUGACACCAGACACAUAUUGUGAGCACGUGCUGCCUGUAGCUGGGCCGUCACCUGGCCUCUGCUCUGCUGCUCCGGAGGGUCCCCCGGCGUGGGACUGAAGGGAUGUGACCGGGUCAAGGUCACACCUAGCGAGUGACUCGACGCCGGGCGAGUGACGCGUGUGACGCCGUGACGGUGACGCUCACAGUGUAUCACUGACCGGUGCGUGACGGGUCACCAAUGACAUCACUGAAAUAUGUUACCCUUACAGAUAGGUGCGGUUUAACCUCUCUUGUGUCUAUCACUGGUUGUCUUAUGUUUUGCUUUUUUCUUUCAGUUUACUGUCUUCUCUGCAUUUCAAUCAAAUUUCGAUCGUUUGCGUUUUAAUGCUGUUUUAUAGCACGCUCGUCUGUCAAAUUUUCGUCUCUUUCGUCUUUCUUUCCUCGUUUCUUGCUCACCUUCCCCGACAUAUUCUCCAACUCACCAUACCUGCUGGCUUUCUGAGCUCCGUGCCGAGUCGCCGGUGUGACUGUGUGUAUGAACUGACACUGUGUGAUCCGCGCGCGGGGCGUUCAUUAGCGCUCCGGCGCACACGAACCGCCGGCGCCGCGGUCGGGCUCCCUACCCAGUGUGAACGAACGUGUCUGUGCAGGUGUGCAUGUGAGGGCGGGCAAAUACAUUAUCCUAGAGUU